AGUCUUCGAGUCCGCUCGGUCUUUUCCCUUGAAAAUUUGGUGGCGGUAGAUCUUUGUUUAUAAAUUUUUUUGCUAGUUUUCGUAAGAAAUAUCAAACAAAAACUAGCACUUGUCAUUUGGAUAGUCGCAGUUGAUCAGAAAAACAAAUGGCUAGCAGCAUGGAAACUGUAGGUAGCCCAGAGAAGUGUGUGCCAUCUACAUCAAGCAAAACUCACAUGGACUUGAAAGGAAUCAUUAGGUCAGAGUAUAUUAGACUACGCAGAUCAAAGAAACUCAAACACACAGAGCAAGUAAAGGCAUUAUAUAAUGAGAAUUGUAGAAAGAUACAGGAAGAUAUAGAAGAUCAUCAGUCAGUACAGAAGAAGCCAGAGUUUCAGAGUUUCUACACUCCAGAAAUCCUUACAGCCACACCAGUUACCCAUAAGUGUGAAGUAACAAGUGCAGUGAAGGAGCUAAGUGUACAGUCGGUACCACUGAGGUUGAUGAACUCACUCAAGCCAAUACCUUCAAUGUAUUCAUGGGCGCCGCUGCAACAGAACUAUGUGGUAGAGGAUGAAACGGUGUUACAUAAUAUUCCAUAUAUGGGAGAUGAUUUGUUAGAAAAAGACACCUCCUUUAUUGAAGAGCUAAUCAAGAAUUAUGAUGGCAAAGUUCAUGGGGAUAAGGACAAAUCCAUGCUUGAUGAUGAAUUAUUUCUCAACCUUGUACAAUCUGUCUCAACAAUCUAUGAUAAAGAUGUUCCUGAUUCUCAGAUGACUUUUCCAGAAGAUAAAAUAUUUGAAGCUAUGGCUGAAGUUUUCCCAGAGAAGGGAAAAUCUGACAACUUGAAACACCUGUACCGAGAUUUACUUGAAAAAAAUGAUCCGAGUUCCUUGCCCCCUGAAUGCACACCCAACAUUGAUGGCCCAAAUGCCAUGUCAGUACCAAGGGAGCAAACUCUACACUCUUUUCAUACAUUGUUUUGCCGCAGAUGUUACAAGUAUGACUGCUGUCUUCAUCCUUACAGACCAAGUCCGAGUAAGUUGAUGAGGAAGAUGCCAGACAAGAAACAGGAACCAGAGCCCUGUGGUGCUGAUUGCUUUAUGCACAUUGUUGGCUACAAGGAGAAGGAGGUCUCAGCUUCAGAUUCUGAAAAAUCUGACAAGGAAUGUAAAAAUGAGCGCAGUAAAUCACCUAUAGGUAUGACCAAAGGAAAGAAACGCAAGAAUAAUGGAACUGGCAGUGGCAGUGAGGACAGCAAUGAUGGUUUAGGUUCUUUCAUGAAAGCAAAGUAUAAAAAUUUGGAUAUAAAGUAUCCGAUGAAGUCAAAGAAGAUAACGGAGGAGUGGACAGGAGCAGAAGAAUCCUUAUUUCGUGUUCUUGCUGAAAUGUACCGAACAAAUUACUGUGCUAUUGCAAAAUUACUGUGGAAUAAAAACUGUAAGCAGGUGUAUGAGUUUGCCCUGAAGGAGAUGACCCACUUACCUGAUUUAGAUGGCGACGAUAAUGAAAAAACACCUCCAAGAAAGAUCAAGCCGAAAAAACGACCAAUAAGUAAAGUUUGGGCCUUACAUUCAAAGCGUGUCCAGAUGAAGAAGGACAGCAACAUUAAGACGGUUUCUAACUACGUACCAUGUGACCAUCCUGGCAUGAGAUGUGAUGACACGUGUCAGUGUGUGAUGGCGCAAAAUUUUUGUGAGAAAUUUUGUCAGUGUAGCGAUGAAUGUCAGAACCGUUUCCCAGGAUGUCGUUGCAAGGCUCAGUGUAAUACCAAGCAGUGUCCAUGUUUCCUGGCUGUGAGAGAGUGUGAUCCUGAUCUGUGUCAAGCAUGUGGAGCUGACCAGUUUGAUACUGACAAAAUAUCGUGUAAAAAUGUUAAUGUACAAAGGAAUCUCAAAAAGCAUUUGUUACUGGCACCUUCAGAUGUAGCAGGCUGGGGAAUUUUCUUGAAGGAGUCGAGUGACAAAAAUGAGUUCAUCUCGGAGUACUGUGGCGAGAUAAUCUCCCAGGAUGAGGCAGAUAGACGAGGGAAAGUCUAUGAUAAAUACAUGUGUAGUUUCCUUUUCAAUCUGAAUAAUGAUUUUGUGGUAGAUGCAACACGAAAAGGAAACAAGAUCAGGUUUGCCAACCACUCCGUCAAUCCAAACUGUUAUGCAAAGGUAAUGAUGGUCAAUGGUGAUCAUAGGAUUGGAAUCUUUGCGAAGCGAUCAAUCCAGUCUGGAGAGGAACUCUUCUUUGAUUACAGAUAUGGACCAACAGAACAACUACGAUUUGUGGGUAUAGAGAGAGAUGUUGAAAUGAUAUAACAUUUGGAGAUGAGUGCCUGAUAACUCAUGUGAAAUAAUUAGAUCAAGUGGGAACUUUUUAGCUUGGCUUUUUGAAGUAUAUAAAGAGGUUUCCAGCUUUUGCUAAUGUCAACAUCCAGAUAUUUAGUUUUGAUAUACAUUUUGUCCCUGUAUUUUUGUUAUUACUGAAUGUGUUUGCUUUAAACUUAGGUUUUUCUGCAUCAUCAAACACAUCAUAAGGCAAGAUCCACAACUAGCAUCAGUAUUGCAUGAAAUAUUUCUUGCAUAAUUGGGCUUUCUGGUGGUUUCACACGUGCUGGAAACUCCCAACUUACACCCCGGGAUGUAAGAUGAUUCUCAUGCUGUAAAGACGUAUAACAAACUACAUCUAUAUAGUGGUUUUGUGCAGUAAUUAAUUUUAUGUAAAACCAAAUAAAACUCGAAUACCUUGAUUGUUCAUCUCUGUUGAUUAUAAUUUAUUUCUCAAUUUAAAAAGAAUUAUUUUACAUAAAAAGCAUAAUUUCAGUGCAGAUGAUAAAAUAAAACUCUUGACUAGUAAGUUGCCAUGUACUUCAUGUUUACAGAUGUAAGGUUACUUGCGCUUUGUUAAUAUGCUACUGUAAGAAAAAAGUGCUGGAAGAAAGUCUUGUUUGAAUCAAUUUUUACUAUCUUUGUUUUUUUUUAAUAUGUCAUGCAUACUUGUGGAAAACUGGUUAGUACUGGUACAGAAUCCAGGGAAAUGGUUAAAUUCACUGCCUGCCAUUACUUAACUGAAAUACUGUUGAAAAACAACACUAAACCGAAGAAAACAAAAUUGAAUAUGGGAUGCAAGGAAACGAUUCUGUCUCUGGUUGUAGGUGCAGAUGGGAGUAUAAGUCUCUUGGGUAACUUUACACUGUAACUUUGCUUACAUGGUAACUCUGCAGAGCCUCGUUACAGCCUAAACACUUACUCUCAAGCUGGAUAUUCCCAUCUUCACCUACAGCCAGUGAAAGAAUCUUAAAUUCCUGUAUGUACUUACAAUUAUAAGUUAAAGAGUUGGUGUAAGUCUUGUAUUUACAAUAUUGGAAGCUUCAAAUUCAGAGCAGUUGUUUCCCAUCAGUCUCACCAUGUGUUAAAAAGUACUUUAACUACUGCAUCAGUAUUGUAUGAAUUAUUCCCCCUCAUUUCUUGGAAUUCCAGGUAAAAUUGUUUGUGAGCUGAAGUUACUCUGGAUUCUCUUGAAAGUAUUGUCUUCUAACAUUUCCUCAUCAUUAAGGACAUCACCUUUGACAAGAUCUAUAACUCUGUUGCCAGUACUUUAUGAAUUAUCCCCUUUUUACUUUGAAUUUAAUGUGGUUCUGGGACGAUCUAUGUAUGAAAAGAAUUGGAACCACUGUCUUACCUUUGCAUGAUCGUAAGAGGCGACUAGUAGGGUCUUAACACUUGGUUUUUGCUGUAACUUUGUGAUUCCAGCAGGUAUACAAAUUUUGAUUCCAUACCUCAUGUUUUUAUUUCGCUGUAAAUGAGAUGUGAAACCAAAAUUUGUAGUCCUGUUUGGCGCCAUAUAACCUAUACUGUGUUGGUGCGCUGUAAAACCCAAACCAAUUUUGAACACUAUCUUUGAAAAUGCUCAUAAUAGAAGGACCAUAUUAACUGUUCAAACACUUGUUGUUUAUGCCUUUAUGAUGCUUUCAGAUUAUAGAUACAAAACUGCUUCUAUUACAAAAAACUGUUCAGUGACCUUCAUUUUUUCCUGCUCGGAUAUACUCAAUCUCACUAUCCAGCAUCAAAUCAGUCAAGCAGGCCCUCUGACAGCUCUAGUUCAACAGUUUUAAACAGUUGCAAAUAUUGUGAGAUGAGAUUAAAAAAAGUUCAGCAUUUUCCUUUGUUUCAGAUCAACUAGUUAAACAAUCAAGAUUUAUAGCUACAUUUGAAAUGGAUAGAAAUAAAUGUCAGUGAAAACCUG